UACACACUUUGUUUUAGCCAACGUUGUUAUAGUAAAGAGUUCCGAGUAUUUGAUUUAUCCUAAAUGUCAACAUUGGCUAAACCGUCAAUAAAAUAUCAACCUCCUGACUGGUUCACAAACUCUUUCGCAUUAAGUACUAAUUCUCAACGUCAGAGAGAGGUAUCAGAGCAAAUAAGACAAGAAACGCGUUCUUUACGCCUAGCAGCUGCUCUUAAAACAAAAUGGGAUGAAUUUAACAACACUACAAGACUUGCAGACAGAAUUGAUGCGAUAAAAGACUGGAAAGAUGUUUUGGAACUGGCUCACUCGCAAUUAGAUGCGGAAAUAUCGAUGGUCAACCUGGGGAAAGAGGCAGUUGAGGAACAAAUGAGAAAUAUAAUAACACCCAAAGAAUGCGUUACAGAGUGUCUCACACUUAGGGACAGACGCAAAAGGAUAGACAACAUUGAGGACGCACCGGAGAUUCAGUUAAAGAAAGAAAAAGAGGUGAUUGAUAAAUCCAAUAAAAGACUUCAGCAGAAAGUGGAUGAGGCAUUUGAACAAAUGGUUCUUCUUAAAGAGGCCAGACAACAAAUAUUACUCGAUCUACAGGAUAAGCAUGCUGCUAUGGACAUUGACAUCCAACAGUACAAACUGACACAUACCUGUCCAGGAGUUUCUUUCAAGCUCAAUCCAACACGAAUUCCAAAAGGAACAACUACUCCACAACAAUGGGAAGAAUUCACAAGGUACAACUGGCAGAGAGCUCAGGCGGAAAUUCGCUCGGGACGGAGAUUACGUGAAGCGAUCUAUCUAACACUAUGCCAAGUUUCGAAUGACUUAGAGGCUCAAGCUCAAGCAACAGAAUUUGCAUUGAGACAAAGAAAACAUGAUUUUGAACAAGCGCUCGAUGAAUUAAAAUGGCAAAAGAAACAGAUUGAAGACGAAAUGGCUGAAAUGGAAAACGAUUUAGAUCAACUUGAGAAAGCUAUUCAAGGUUUAAUACCAAUGGGAAAACUUGCACAAACAAGACUUGAAAGACGAACAUAUCGUCCAGGUGUUGAAUUAUGUCGUGAUUCUGUUCAAUAUGGUUUAACUGAUGAAGUAAGACAAAUUGAAUUGACAAAUGAAGCCUUAUUAGAGAAACAACGUCAAGCAAGACAUGCGCUAAAUGCUUUACAUAAACAAUUAAAUCGUAUUAAUGAUGAUAUUACAUUAAAAGAGGAAAGUCUUCAAAUAGAGAAUGAUUGUUUAAAUUUACGUCAUCAACGUAUGGAUCGUAAACAACCUGAAAAAGAUUUUAAUCCAAAUGAAAUGGAAUCACAUAAAUCUGAAGUAAAACUUGUUAAUAAACCACCAACAUUUAUUGAACGUCAGGUAGCUGAGAAACUACUUGCAUAAGAGUGAACUGUUUAAAAGUUGUUGUUUGUUUCUAAAGGAAAUGUGAAAAUGAUGAUGAUGAUUACAUUUUGAUUAUUAAACCUUCUUGAGUUUCAUGUUUAGAAUAUACUUAAUUCUUUUGUUA